AUGCGCGGCGAAACGGCUUUUACGGUCUACGCAUGGGCGAGAUUCUGUUAUGAAGUCGUGACGACACUCGUAAUCAAGAACUAUGUGACGCCACAGCUACGCCGCGUUCCGAGCGCUAGACACUGCAACUUUCAGCCAAGCGGCACUCGAAUCCGUGGGCGUGCUAUUUUUGCAUCAGGCAUCUUACGUGGACAAAUGUACCGCAAUUAUGCAAAGCUGCUGAACAAGAUGCGCAUCAUGUUACUUGUACUUGUGGAAGAGUGGUGUACUUGA